CCGGGCACAGCCUGCCACAGCGCUGCUCGCCAUGGAAGGACCACACCGCAGCUGUCUCCUCCUCCUCCUCUGCCUGCUCCCACCGCCGGGCAGCCCAGGCCCACCGCCGCCUCUGGAGGAACCUCGGGAGCCGCUGCUGCCACCGUCCAGCACCGCUGACCCCACCGCUCACCUGCUGCGCGGCCACCCCUCGGCCGCAGCGCGGCCCUACAGCCUGUCGCUGUCUCCCGAGGAUUAUCGCUACGCCCCCAAGCCCCGGCACCUGCGCCCCGGGCGGCUGCGCCGGCUCCUGGGCUCGGCCUUCGACCCCUUCUGGAUGGCGACCGAGGAGCCCCGCAGUCGCAACGGGAGCAUCAUCGAGGAGAACCUGGAGUCCAUGAGCAGGGACCUGGCCGAGGGCGCCGGGCGAUAUCGUCGCAAGCUGUGGCGAGAGGUGGAGGGGCUGGAGCUGCGCAGCCUGCUGCCCCCCGCCCCAGAGCUGUCCCCAGAGCUAGCGGGGGCCCUGGCCCGCCGCCUGCGGCAGUGGCUGGUGGAACGGGCCACCUGCCGCCUCACCUCCGCCUGGGUCGACCUGGGACCCGUCUUCUGGCCCCGCUGGGUGCGCCACACCACGUGCGAGACCGGCCCCCCAGGCUGCUCCUGGCCCCCCGGCAUGGCCUGCCGGCCCGCACAGCUCAGCCGCAUCAAGCUGCUGGCCUGGCACUGCUGGACCCCGCAGCACCCCGCCCCCCCGAACUGCACCUGGCGGCAGAUCCCCUACCCCGUCGUGGCCGCCUGCAAGUGCUCCUGCCGCUGAGGGGGCUGCGGGGUGCUACAGAGGCACCUCCCCGUGCCUCUUCUUGCAGCCAAAAGGCCUGAAAAGGCGAACAUGUGCCUGGACUGCCCUCGGAGCUGGGGGGAAAUCCCCCAAACAGAAAUAAACCUCCAGAAGGAAGUGGGGAUGGCUGUGGUCGUUGCUCUGUCUCGCCAAAACCCCUGGGUGGGGGGUGCAGCUGCUUUGCCCCUCACCCACCAGUGCCGUGAGGCAUUAGCACAAGACCAGCGGAGGCCCUUGCCCAGCAUUUAUCUCCGGCAAAGGAUGAGGGAUGGAAAAAUUAUGACACUGAACGGCAGGUUCAGACUCCGCUUGCACCAGCCCCAGCCAGCUCAGUCCAAGCUGGGGCACCCCUGCCUGCCCGGGCAGGGCUGCAGGCAGGGAGCCAGGGCAAGGGAAUUCCAGCAAAAGCUAGAGGUGGGUCACUGCUCGGGGUGGGAACAGCAAUGCGGAGACGGGCUGGAGUGAAUCGUGGGGCAGUGGGGUAUUUGGGGGCCGCAACAAGGCAGCCUAGUGAGCAUAGAAGUGGGAGGUGAGCCAUGACCUAGGACUGGAAGCAUUUCUGGGUCUAGGUAUGUAUGAAAAUGGGACGGGAUAGGAUAGUCCCCGACUUUGAGGUAAAAUGGGUGAAAUACAUGGAUCCCCCACCUAUCCCACAGUGCAGAGGGUGACAGCUCCAGACUCAGGACUGCCUGAGCUGCAUACAGGGUAUGGGGUAGGUCAGGGAGCCCAGCAUGGGAACUGCAUCCUCAAAGAGUGGCAUCUGCCUCUACAUUCCACUCAGCAAAACAAUCUUCUGCUUUCUGGGCUCAAAGCUGCCUACAGCUGUAGAUCAGACCUAGGCUGGAAGGCCUUGAAGCAAUAAAGAGCAGGAGGAUGUGCCUCAAUUCAAUAUUAACAUGAUGCCUCCAAGUCAAUGAGUAUGGCAUUAUUCAUUACCAGUGUGCCACCAUCUGACCCUCCUGCCUUCCUGGGAUUCCAGCACUAAACAAUCUAUUCCCCAGACAGCUCCACAGCCUGCUGCUGAGCUUGGCCUUGAAGCAGGCAGAGUGCAGAGAGCUGGCUGCUGAGGCACCCGAGAUAUGGAGGGGAGAGGGAGGUCAGUGCGUCUGGGGAGAAAAGGAGCAAAAGGGCGAGCCCACACGUGCAUGCAAAAACAAUUGUGAGCAUCACAGGAGGGAGGCUGCUCUUGCUGCUCUGGCCUGCAGCUGAGCAGAGAGACAUCUGUAGGGCUGCUCUGCCAAUGAGGACAACUUGAAAGCUGGAGCAGAGUUAAACUGCUUGGGUUGUCUGCCCUGAGCAGAGCAGAGGCAUCAGCAGGGAUGCCUGCAGAAGGCCAGGGGAGAGGAGGAGACCAGGGCUGGGGACCAGCAGGAGAGAAAUGUGAGGGAGAGUGGUACAGGUGUGUAGGUAGGGGGAGCAAGGGGUGCACAUGCAUUGGGCUCAAACCAGCAGUGAUUCAGUUUAGGGUCUCAAACCUCCCUGAGCCCAUCUGGCUGAACUUUCAUCUCUUUCAGGUUGCACAAGGGGCCUGAGAGCAAUCUCCCUGCCUUCCCCCUGCCAAAAUACUGCCUGUUGAAAAGGCAGUGAGGGCCUGGUGCCACAGAAAGGGAACUCCAUACCAUAGUUUAUCAGCAGGCUGAGCUCAGGGCCUGUGGGGGUGGAAAAUUAAACAAAAUCAGCACACAGUUACACUACCAGCUGUUCUAAAAGGGUUUGGUUGCAGUCCUGUUGAACCUACAAGACACACUUUUCCCCUGUCCUUUGCAUCCUUGUAAAGCCCUACAAUCCUGGACUAACACCUGUAUUCUUCUGCAGUUGCUCUGGCUCAGGUCAGACAUUAUUGCCCUGUAGUUUGCUCCCUGAGAGCCUAGUGACACAUAAGGACUUCAGAGGAGGUCUUUGCUGAUACCACCCAGUGCUCCAGCACUCAGGCACAGCACACUCCACUUCAGCUAGAAUCUGUCCCUGGCUGCAGCUACUCAUUCAGCACAUAGGCAGCUGGCAGGACACACAAUUUCUGAUCUGGAACAAAACUGAUGCAAACAAAGCAAUCCUAAGAGAUGCCCAGGUCCCACUUGUGCCUUUUUGAAUGCUGAAGUACUACAGCACAGCUUAAAGGAACAAAUCCAGAGAUUCCUGCCAUAUGGAAGAAAAUGAAAGGCUUCUGCCACCUGCUCUGCCCCUGGCCUUGGCCUCAGUCAGAUGCAGAUCCUCUCACCAUGCUGCUGGCCUCUGCCACCUCAGCUUGCUCACUGCCUGAUGGCCUCUCUGGGGCAAGAUGUCUCUCCCAAGACAGGUUUGGGACCACUGAAGCAACUGGCAAAGCCUUGUAGCUGGGGACCAAGCAAGCCUCACA